GGGGCGAUUGAUCAGCUCCUUGUUGUGUUUAUCCACUACCAAAUGCCAAUCAUCCUCUUAUAAAUAAGCGUUGCAUCUUCAUUGGCAUCAUCAUCUCAGUUCAUUCAGAGAAAGAGAGAAGAUAGAAGAAAGAGAUGGCCGGAAACGACGAGGCACAGGAAAGCCGCCACCAUCCGCUGCUCAUGGGAGGAGGGAGGCGGAGGAAGUACGGCCACGGCUACUCCAACCGCCAGAUGGAGUGCCUCUCAGCCAUCUGCGGCACCUUUAUCGGCCCGACGCCGCUGGCAGCACCCUACGUACUCGGCAAGGGCGACCUCCCCAACAAGCAUGUGCGAGAGUUCUACGAGGCCUCCGGCUCGGAGAACGGCAUCCCUGAAGAGGUAGGGGAGCUGAUGGUGAGGAGGCUGCCGAAGGAGGCGGUGCUGCUGGUGUGGUGGGUGCUGUGGGCGCUGUCGACGAGGUUGGGGACGGUGGUACUGUGUGGGAGGGCAAGCCUCUGCUGGGACUUUCCCUUCGUCAGGAGGUUCGCGGAGAUGAAGCAGGAGGAGAGGGAGAAGGUGCUGGUGAGGUGGUCCACUAUGCGCGGCCUCCUUUGCCUCUUCAGGCUGGCCUUCGCCAUAUUCAAAGUCUUCUCUCUCUACGUCUUCUACUCCCAGGUUGAUGAAAGCAUGAAGAAUCCAUCAUGGAAGGCAAUUGGCUAUGAUGUCAACCAAAAAAGAGGGGAACCCAAAAGAGAGAGGCCAUUGGUCAAGGGAAUCAUCGACGUUGAAGCUAAAGUUAGCCGCCGCUUACUGGAUGAUCUCGCCUGGCAUGGCCUCAGCGUUUCUGCAGAAAAUUCAAGACGAAACCUCUAUACUGUUGACUGUGAUGCAGUGGUGGUGGGUUCUGGUUGUGGAGGUGGAGUGGCUGCUGCCACCUUGGCAAAGGCCGGCCACAAAGUUGUGGUGGUGGAAAAAGGGGGCUACUUCUGGGGUGAUGACUACUCCUCACUGGAGGGCCCUUCCUUGGACCAACUGUACCAGAAGGGUGCCAAAUUGACCACAAUGGACAUGAAAAUAAACAUCAUGGCUGGUUCAACAGUUGGUGGUGGGUCAGCCAUCAAUUGGGCAGCAUCAAUCAGGACACCUGACUCGGUGCUGAGUGAAUGGGCCACAUCUCAUGGACUUCCACUCUUUGGCAGUCAGAAGUACCAGGAGGCAAUGAAUGCAGUUUGUGAAAGGUUGGGCGUUGUGGAUGGGUGCACAGAGGAAGGGUUUCAGAACAAGGUUUUGAGAGCUGGGUGCGAGGCACUUGGGCUGCAAUGUGAUACUGUGCCCACAAAUUCAUCAGAGGGCCACUUUUGUGGGUCGUGCGGCUAUGGUUGUCCGACGGGAGAAAAAAAGGGAACUGACUCUACCUGGUUGGUUGAUGCAGUGAAUUGUGGUGCAGUGAUCUUGACUCGAGUUAAAGCAGAGAAGUUUGUGUUUGAAGGUAAAAAGGGGACAGGCAGGAAGUGUUUGGGAGUUCUGGUUACUGCAUGCGGCUCCAAGAGCUCAAAUUCUCCAAUUAAAUUGUUCAUUAGAUCCAAACUGAGUGUUUCUGCAUGUGGGGCGUUGAUGACACCACCCUUGCUCAUCUCUAGUGGGCUGAAGAACCCAAACAUAGGGAAGAAUUUGCACCUGCACCCGGUUCUAUUGGCAUGGGGAUACUUCCCUGAAUCUGAUUCAAGCAUCAAAGGCAAGGUAUAUGAAGGCGGGAUAAUCACUACCAUACACAAGAUUCUGGCAGAAAAUAACAGCCCGAGGGUGAUUAUAGAGUCGCCCUCAAUGGGGCCAGCAACGUAUGCUGCGUUAACUCCUUGGCUUUCUAACUCAGACAUGAAGGAGAGGAUGUUGAGAUAUUCCAGGACCGUGCACCUGUUUGCACUCGUUAGGGAUGUAGGUUCUGGUGAGGUGAAGGUGGAGGAGCGGAUCAAUUACAGGUUGAGCAAUGUGGACAAGGAGAGUUUGAGGGAUGGAUUGAGGAGAGUGCUGAGGAUCUUGGUGGCAGCAGGGGCCACCGAAGUUGGGACAACACAGAGUGAUGGACAGAGGAUCAAGGCGAAAGGCAUUAAAAAGGAAGAUUUGGAGGAGUUUCUGAAUGGGGUGGUAGCAGGAGAAGGGAUAGUUUCAGGCUCUGAACGGUGGACCAUGUACUCCUCUGCUCACCAGAUGGGUAGCUGCAGAAUGGGUGUCAAUGAGGCGGCAGGCGCGGUUGAUGAGAAUGGGCAGAGUUGGGAGGCAGAGGGACUGUUCGUUUGUGAUGGCAGUCUAGUUCCGUCUGCCAUUGGCGUCAAUCCCAUGAUCACCAUUCAGUCUGUGGCUUAUUGUGUCUCCAAUAGAAUGGUAGAGUUUUUGCGUCGUAGGAAAAGCAUAGAGACAGCAUGAGACAGCUGAUUAGUAAAUACAUAAAAAUUACACGUUAUGCAUCAUUUUGUUGCAUUUUCUUUGUCCUUAAAGAAUGACCGCAGCCAUGUAUCUGUGUAUGUGUCCAUUCAUCGAUAUACAUGCGCUCAAGUUAUCUGAGCAUAAAAUUAUUUUCAGCUCAAAAGUGAAG